UCUUCUCCCCCACCCCCUCCCACCCGGAACCCUGAGAUCCGGGCUAUGAAUCGCAAGAGACGGCUCCUGGCGUCCGAGGCUUUUGGAGUGAAGCGACGGCGGGCACCGGGGCCCGUGAGAGCGGAUCCUCUACGGGCGAGAGCAGGCUCGGCGCGCGAGGCCAUCGAGGAGCUUGUGCAGCUCUUCCCCCGGGGACUGUUCGAGGACGCGCUGCCGCCCAUCGCGCUGAGGAGCCAGGUGUACAGUCUCGUGCCAGACCGGACGGUGGCCGACCUACAACUGGUGACAGGUGUACGGAAGGCCACCGGUGAAAGAGAUUGACUGAAGGAGAGAGAAAUCUAGUGUCAACUCCCAGACUUUCCAGAGUUUCUGACCCCUGGAAGAAGACUGCAGACUCAACUCAAUAAUAAUUAAAAUGUUUAUUGAUUAC